AUGUCGUCCUCUAACCCCCGCGAUCAAAAAGAGCCCGUCGACGAACCGCUCGAGGAGGACAUGCUCGCUGCCGACGAUGCUGCCGAGGAGAUCGCCGACGAUGAGGACCUUGCUAUGGAUUCCGACAACGAGGAAAUCCUUCUCCAGAACGACUCUAUCGGUUACUUCGACGAACCUAAGGACUCUCUUUUCACCAUUGCUCAACAUCCUCAGCACCCCUCCAUCAUUGCCGUUGGUGGUUCAGCCGGUCAAGAGGAUGACGCUCCCGGUGCAGGAUGGGUCUUCAACACCGCCUCUGCUCAGUCGCGACCUCCGCUGCCUGCUAGUUUCUCAAGCGAUCCCGCCGCAGACGCCCUUAAGAGCACCCAGCUCAACUCUCUAUUCAGCCUUGACGGCCACACAGACUCAGUGAACACACUCGCCUGGACUCUUCCUCGAGGAGAGGUUCUCGUUAGCGGUGGUCUUGACGGAAGGUUGCGCGCUUGGAAGGCGACCAUCUCGAACGAUGCGCUCAAGAUGGAUUUCCUUGGUGAGGCGCAGGAAGUGCCUGAGGUGAACUGGCUUGUACCUUGCCCCUCUGCCACAAACCCCAACACUGUCGCCCUUGGUGCUUCUGACGGCUCCGUUUGGGUAUACACCGUUGAUCCCACAGACCAGGCCAACCCUCUCCAGAUUGUUCAGUCAUACUUCCUUCACACUGGCAGCUGUACUGCUGGUGCUUGGACACCUGACGGUCUCUUGCUGGCCACCAUCUCCGAAGAUGGUAGCUUGUACGUCUGGGAUGUCUGGGGUGAGGCUACAGCCAAGAAUCUUGUCGGCGACAAUGGUAUGACUGCUGUCGCUCUGACUGCCGAGGAUCAGCGAUUCGAGGUUGAGGGUGGUCUUUACUCUCUUGCCAUUGAUCCCAAGGGCGCUUUUGUCGCCGUUGGAGGUGCCACUGGUGCUAUCAAGAUUGUGUCGCUUCCACGACUCGCUCCUAGCGGACCCCAGCCUCAGGCCCGCGCUCGUGCUGCUGGAGGUAAGGCCACUGCCCAGUCAACUUCGACCGCUGGUGGUCAGAUCCUCGCCGCCCUGCACACACAAUCUGAGAGCAUUGAGUCACUUGCUCUUGUCACUACUCCCAACACACCACCAUCCACCCUCCUCGCCGCCGGUUCCGUCGAUGGUUCCAUCGUUGUCUACGACGCCACUCGCCGCUUUGCUGUCCGACGACACAUCUCCGGCGCCCAUGAGGAGCACGCCAUCGUCAAGCUCGAGUUCAUCCCUAACUCAUGGCAACUCACCAGCUGCGGCAUGGACGGUGUCGUGCGUCGCUGGGAUCUCCGAGGUGCUGGCGCUACAAACCCCAAUGCGACUGCCACAGCUGCCGAGGCUGGUCUCCAGAAGGAAUGGAAGGGCCACCGUGGUGAUGGUGAGGGUGGUGGUGUCUUGGGCUUUGUCCAAGGCCAGACAGGCGAGAGGAUUGUCACAGCUGGUGACGACGGUGUGGCUUUGAUCUUUGAGGCAUAA